AUGGCAACACAGACUCUGAUUCUCUUCUUGAUCCUCUGUGUGCUGGUGCUACCGGUCCGGGGAGGAAUACGUAGAUUGAAGAAGAUUCAGAAUAAAAAUGAGUGUGAUGUGAAACCCAGCGUUGAUCUUUGUACCAGACACUGUACAAUUUUCCUGGAGUGUGAAGAAGCAAAUACGACAUGCUGUUUAGCCUACUGCGGGAAUAUUUGCGUGAAAACCCCAUGA